AUGAUGAAGGAACCGACGCCGACGUCGACGGCUCCUCUAUCUUGUACCUCGUCUUUCAUCAAGCAGUACCCCGAACUGGACCCUCAAAACCACCUGCGCGUCUUGGACCAGCACCUGCGCGAGAGCGGCGGCUCGUGUAGCCUCACUCAGGCGCUGCACGACCACUUUAACUCGACCACCAAUGGCCACAGCCACGGCUACGGCCACGGCACCGGCAAUGGUCUCAAUGGGCGCUCGAGUAGGAUCGCCACGCCCUUGAUGACCCCUCCUCUCUCACCUGCUGGAUCAUUUGGCGCUCUCUGUGAGUUCGAGUUGGCUCGCUCGCGAUUCUCCCACCCCGACGCCGAGCGACUGCCGACUGAUUCCGAGCUGAACCUCUCUUUGCCUUGCUUGUGCAGACCCCGAACCUCCCCACCUCUCUCGACCGAGUUCACCUCAUCGCUCUUCGUUCGUUUCUCUGCCUCCUGCGCUGUCCAAGACGAACUCGAUCGAGGAUGAACACGGUCACCAUGCGUUGCCGACAACCCAGUUGAUGGGCAAGCUGUCAAUUGUCGUCGUCGAGGCCAAGAACCUGCGAGUCGAGUCGGGCAAGGAGAAGCCCUACGUCUUGUUGCAGGUGAGUAUACAUAUACUUGGUCCUAUACUCUAAUUCGUGCUCAUCAUGUUCCACGGUUUGGCACGCGCUGCACCUGCCUCCUUUAGUACGACCGAACGGACUCGGUCGGCCGAGAAUACGGAGCCCCACCACCGAACGCGAAGCCGCUGCUCGGCGUCCCGAAGCGUGGUGGGGGCAUCAACCGCCUCAACGGACAUCCUCAGGGCCUUGAUGGCAAGGGUCUUAACAGUGUACGACGCGUCGGGAGCAACAGCAACGGCUCUGACCCGUACGACCCAACUUCCCCCCUCGGCGCGCGGCCUCCGAAGUUGAAUCGCCGCAGUACGACCGAGAUGUCGACUUCGACCAGGAUCGUUGAUGACUCGCCCCCCGUCGGUGACCCCAAGGACAUUGGCACGCCCACCGAUCCGAUCUGGAACCACAACGCCUCCUUCGAUGUCAUUGCUCCGGGCCGAACGAUCCUUAUCUGCGUCUACGACAAGCUCGCACCUCAGGGCGGGUUCCCGGCCCACGGCUUCUUGGGUGCCUCGGUCUUUGAAGCGCCAUUGAGUGCCGAGACGGGUGAAGAUGGCCUAGGUCUGGAUAUUUGGGUUCCGUGAGUCAAUAUAUCGGAGUAACGUGUUCUGUCCGCUGAGUGCUUAUGAGCCUAGCACCUUUACUCGACAGGCUCACGAGUGCGCUCGAUCCCAAUGUGGGUGGAGAAGUUCGCCUGAGGAUCCUGUUCGAGAACCUUCACGUGAGUUUCUACGCUAUCGCAGACUUUGCUGUCUGUGCUCUGCAUACUGACAAACUCUUUUGUGUUCUUGCCUCGCAGCUGAGGCCCAAGUUGACGGUCGACGACUUCCAAGUCUUGCGAAGGAUCGGUCAAGGCAGCUUCGGUCAGGUGUUCCGAGUGCGCAAGAGGGACACCAAGCGUAUCUGUAAGGCCUCUUUAUAAUUACUGUUGUGGUAAGUUCAGGUAUACGAUGCUGAACGUGCCGAACCCACCACCAGAUGCGAUGAAGGUCAUCUCGAAGAAAAACGUCGUUUCGCGUGAGGCGUUGGCCCAAGUCCUUGCCGAACGUCAAGUCCUGGCGCGAACCCUGGAAUCGCCCUUCCUGGUCGGUCUCAAGUUCUCGUUCCAAUCUACUACGGACCUCUUCUUCGUCAUCGAUUACAAGUCAGGUGGUGAGCUCUUUCAGCACCUCCAAAAAGAUGGUGGCAGGUUCGAGGAGAGCAAAACCAGGUUUUAUGUAGCCGAGAUCGUUUUGGGACUCGCGUGAGUGGAGCUGCGGCGAUCGUUCGCUGAAAGGCCUUGCUUCUGACUUGGCAAAGUUUCUGAACCGUGUCUUGCUUCAACAGGUAUCUGCACAGCCAGAACAUCGUCUAUCGGGAUCUCAAGCCCGAGAACUGCCUCCUCGACGGCUCCGGCCACGUCAUCUUGUGCGACUUUGGAUUAUCCAAGCUGCUCGACUCACCCGAGGCCACGACUCGCACACUGUGCGGAACGACGGCUUUUACUGCUCCAGAGGUCCUGCUCGACAUCGAGUACAGCUUCUCGUGCGAUUUUUGGUCCCUCGGGUGCCUCGCGUAUGAGAUGUGCUAUGGCUUCUCCCCCUUCUACGCUGAGAACCAAAUCGAAGAGUACGAGCGCAUCCUGUCGGGCGAGAUCAAGAUCCCCGCCAAGAAGGGCUACUCGCCCGAGGGUCGCGAUCUGUUGCAGCGCCUGUUGACGCGUGAACCGAGUGAACGCAUUUCCACCGACGGAAUCCGAUCCCAUGCCUUCUUUGAAUCGAUCGACUGGACCAACCUCGCUCUGCGACAGGUCUCCCCACCGUUCAAGCCGCCGACUCAUGCCGACGAGGACGCAUGCGAUUAUCACGAUCUGGGGAGGUCGGGUCAUUGGAUGUUUGACGAGAUCAGGGGCUGCCACUCGGCGCGCGGCUCGUUGUCGGAAGCGAACGGGAAUGGGAAUAAGACCCCCGACGAGGACGUAGAUGGUUUGUUCAGGAACUUCACCUUCACCGCCAAGGAGAAGGAGAAGGAGAAGGAGAAGGAGAAGGAGAAGGAGCUCGCGAACAAGAUGCUCGUAACGGAGCGCGCGAACGGGACCAAGGAGAAGACGAUCGUUGGUGCGCAAGCGAGGCGGUCAAGCUUUGACCUCAUGCCCUGA